AUGCUCCUCCCUUCCUCACCUCAGCACCCUCUCCUCGGUACCCUGCCUCCGUUCGACCCGACCGCUCCUACAGCCACUUCCUAUCCGACAGUCCAGCAAGCCGUCACCUCUCCUCUUCGGACGCUCCUCGAAAUCAUUGCCCACAUCUCCGAGAAAGAGACGGCGGCGGUCGACGCGGAAAUCAAGAAGCGGCAACAGCGGUUAGACGGGCCGGCACUGACUGCCAAAGAGACGACCUGCCAGGUCCAGGCCAAGAUGCUGCUGCAGAGCAAUGACGAGCCUCUCCGAAGGGAUAUUGAGCGCCGCCUGCUUGCGCAUCUGCAAAUGACGCUUCGCGCCCUUCCUUCGUCUUUCGACCCACCUUCGCUCGACCUCCCGGCGAAGGCAAAGUUGAAGACGGAGAAGCAGAUUAAGGCGGAGCGAGACGCGAUGGAUGGCUAUCGCGCUCAGGUCGAGGAUCUCGCGCACGGCAUGGUGGUGAUCGGCGUACCGGACGGUUCAGCUUGGGGGGUCGAGGUUGAGUGGAGCGACAGCUUUGCGGACGGCCGUGGCCUGGAGGGAUUGACGAAAGGGAGCAGGGACAAGCUGCAGCAACUGGCGGACACCUUCCCAAAAGCCGGCAUCUCUAGCAUCUCUCGCGCUCUCGUUGCCCGUCUCGAAGCGGCGGAGGCAGCCGCAAGGCCUCCCGUUGACGGCAAUCCGGCGGAUGCUCCGCAAGAAGAGCGACCUUCAGGACCGACCGAUGAUGAGUCGCGGAAUGAGCGAGAAACGAGGGUUCUUGGUCUUGAUCUGGAAGAGCCGCAGCGACGGGAUCCGGCGGCGUCAGGGCGGGUCGAGGCAGUGUCGUGGGGUCCGUUGGAGUGCUGGGGAGGCGGUCUGCGCGGUGGAGGCGGGUUGGAGGGGUUUUGGGUGAGAGCGGGACUCUCGGCACUGGCGAGUAUCCAGACCGAGAUCGGGCGGCCUCUUCCACGGACUCGCCGCGCGCUCGAAACGUCUCUCGCUCUCAGCCUCGUACAUCACGAACCGCCGACACACCACCUCCGCGCCCUUCGCCUCGUUGAAAGUCUGCUCGGAACAGCUCCGCCUCCGCCCUCCUCCCCUGGCGCACCUGCUGUCCCGCACCCCGACCCGGAACUUCUCUUCGCAAAAGCGAUCGUCUUGCAGUCCUCCGACAAGCAGGCAGCCGCCCUAAAAGUCUGGGACCAAAUCAUUGCGCUUCCUCCCGCUUCGCUCGACGCCGAUACGCUCGUCAAGGCGAAGUGCGAACAAGCUUGGUCAACGCACCUCGCUGGCUCGUCUGAGGAUGCCUUGCCGCAGCUCGAGGAGGUUGUCGCUUCGUUCGAAGAGCGCAAGACUCGGCGUGACAAGGAGCGGGAGGAGAAGGAAGCGUGGCCUGAAGAAGCCGGAGGGCGUCGAGGAAGGGGAAUAGGAGGAGGAGCGGGAAGAGCGGGCAACGGCUUGGCCUACGACGCCUACAUCUCAGCUCUCCGCGCCUCACCAUCGUUCGCUCCGGCCUUCCCCUCCCUCGGCAUCUACUACCGCUUGCUUGCCUCGCCAGACUGGGAGCGCUCGUCAAAGUGUUUCCAGAAGGCGUUUGAGCUCGACCCUUCGCAAGAGGUCGCAGCUCGAUACCUGGCGGAGGAGUUCGCGGAGCUCGGCGAAUGGAGUCUCGUCGAAGUCAUUGCCCGCCGCGUCAUCGAUGGGAACAAGGGUCGCGCGGGGAUGAGUGGCAAGGCGGCAGCUCGUCUCGCCUGGGCGUGGAAGGCAAUCGGUAGCAGCGAGCUCAACUCGAAGAAGUACCCGCAGGCGAUCACGGCGUUCCAGUCUGCUUUGCGAGGCGCUCCCGAUGACGUCUCAACCUGGAUCAAGCUGGGCGUCGCGUACCGCCAUUCCGGCAAGCAUGUCGCUGCGCUCAAAGUCUUCGUCAAGGCGCUCGCCCUCGACCCGUCGUCUUGCUUCGCCAAGUACUCGAUCGCGGACGUACAUCGCGAGAUUGGACUACUCGACCCGGCAAUCAAGACGUUCAAGGAGAUCCUGGUCGACCGCCCGGACGAGCUAGGGGUCAGGGUCGUCCUCGCCGAAACCGCUCUCGCAAAGGGACUCGGCGAGCAGAAGCAGGGCUACAUGGUGCGCGCGGAGGAGUCGCUGCUCGAAGCGCUCGAGGACUCGAUGGCAGUAAUCGAGGGCGGAUCCGCUUCGCGCGUUGCAUGGAAGGUCACGGCGGAGGCGCUCGUCGGGUUGAGCAGGCUGAGCGACCCAGCCUCGCCGGAUUCGCUCAGCGCCGCUCUGGCUCGGGUCCUGGCCUAUCUCUCCGAGCAGGGCGUCGACGGCAAGAUGGCCGGCCUGACCGCUAUCACUGUCGCCGACGUUCGCGCUGCCGUCGACACCAAGCCCGCCAUCGCUGCCGCCGCCCUUGCCAUCCUUUCCUUCAAGAUGCGUGUCCUCCUCGAGACGCAGAACGAAGCCGCCAUCGGUUCCGCCUGGUUCGACCUCGGCAUUACCAUCAGCAACUUCCGCCCGCACCUCUCGGCCCUUCCGACGUCCAGCACCACCGCGGAGCAGGUGCUGCAGCAGUCGAUUCGAUGCCUCAGGUACGCCCUGCACAAGGAGCUGCUCAACGCGUCCUUCUGGAAUGCCCUCGGCGUCCUCUCUUUCGACCUUUUGCCUUGUCUCGCUCAGCACAGCUUCAUCCGCUCGAUCAAGCACAACUCGCGCAGCGCCGUGCCCUGGACAAAUCUCGGCCUCUUCUACCUCGUACACGGCGACAAGGACCUCGCAAAUCAGGCAUUCCUCAAGGCGCAGGUGCUCGACCCGGAAUGGGCGGCGGCUUGGGUUGGGCAGGCUACCCUUGCAGAUAUGGCGGGACACGCGGUCGAAGCAUCCGUCCUCCUCGAGCAUGCCGUCUCGCUCGGAGGAGACGCGCCCGAAGCCGACACUGCCUUCGCCAGCCGCGCAUUCGAGAAGUACCGCUCCAGCGUGCCGUCCUCGUCCCUCGCCGUCGCCGAUCCCUCUCCCGUUGCCCCGCCUUCCGUCAUCGAGGUGCUAUCCGCGCCCCUCUUUUCGCUCAGCCGCUACCUCUCCCACCAUCCUUCCGACCACACCGCCCUUCACCUCAACGCCCUCGUCCUCGAGCAGGUCGGCGACCUCGCCUCGGCAUCCGAAGGACAGUACGUGAUAGCGCAGACGAACUUGGGGCGUGCCCGUCUCGCGGCGCAGCAGUACAAUGGCGCGCUUGAAGCAUUCGAGGCGGCUCUGUCGCUCCUCAACCUCGAGGACAGUGCGGCGCGCGGUGGAUUGACGAAGGAGCAGACCGUCUUGCUCUACGCCGAAUGCAAGCUCGGCUCGAGCGUCGCGCACGUUGCGCUCGGCGACUCGUCCGCGGCAAAGGAGGCAUUGGAGACGGCGAUCGACGAUGUCGAGACCUACAGGGUCGGCGCCUGCGACAGCCAUCUCGCUGUUGCGCUCGGAAGAGUCCAUUGGGCUGAAGGCGAGGAGGGUCGCGCUUUGUCGGCCUUGCUUGAUUCACCGGACAUACCUUCGGGUCGACAGACGCCGCUCUUCCUCCGCCGAGCAAUAUACGCCUAUGCGAUCGCUGCGAACGACACCUCCCUCCUGCAGACAACCGAGUCCUUCAUCUGGAACGCAGCCGUCAAGUACAACCCAGACAUCUUGUACCUGUCGACGCUUGCAAAGCUGGCAAAGAGCGACAUCGACGGCGCUCUCUCUACCGUUUCUCGCUCCCUCCACGCUUUCCCCUGGGCGCCGGCUUUCCGCUCUCGCACAGCACGCCUACUCGCGUCCCUCCCGCCUGUCGCGUCGGAUGAUUCGGCCGACAAUAACCUCGAGCUUGUCGGUCGUCUCAUGCGCACGCGCGUGCCGCAGACUGAGGCAUCGUCUCUACGCGCAAGGAGGUCUCGCGCCCUCGGCGUUGUUGCGCUGCACAAGGCGGGCGAGGCGGAGACGGAGGAAGAGGCGGACAGGCUCGACGAAGAGGCGCUGCGGUUCUUGGAGAAGAGCAUCUAUGUGGCGCCGUGGGUGACAGAGGGUAGGAAGGCGUUCCAGAAGCUGAGGGCAAAGCUGAGGGCGAAGCUGGACUCGUAG